AAUUUUAUAAAACGAGGCAUAUCAUUAUAUUGUUAUAAUAAAACUACAAUAAAAACUUAUCUGUUAUGUCAAUCAAAGGGAUAUUAAACCGGCAUCACCAUUGACUUUAUCAAUUUUAUUUGGACAGUGAAACCGACAAGCAUGAAGUGGAUUGUCAUAUUUGGGAUUAUAUUAUCUACUACUGUUACAUUUUCUGCUUCCGAUGCAAAAGAAAAGACGCCAAUAAAACAAGAAGCAGCAAAAUUUAUUAAAUGUAAUGAAAAAUAUGUGUCAGAAUGCUAUGCAAUUACUAAACGGGUAAAAAGAGGAGAACCUUAUAGAACCAACUGUUCAAUAGUCAAUAAGCAUGCAUGGGGCAAUAAUGUGACGAUGAGAGGAGAAAUAUUCAUUGAUGGAGUAGCAAUUGAAGUAAUAAGAGGCCAAGUUUGCGACCUCACGAAAAUUGAUUGGGUGUAUAAUUUUACGAUGACUUAUUCUAACCUUCGCGACUGUCCUUAUAAACCGGGAUAUUACGCAUUUUUCAACAUAGAACUCCCACCAAAGAAUAUGCCUCAGAGGAUUUUGAACUUGGUCAAAGGACAAUUUAAUACAAAAAUAUAUUAUUCAAUUACAAAAACUGGUGAGACUAUCAUAGAAAUCAGUGUGACGUUACGGAUGUAGAUUAUAGUGAAUUA